UGCUCCAUACGGUUCAUUCAAGAAAAGGUUACAGGCUUCAGUGUCAUAUUUUGUAAGCUGUGGGAUCGACGCGUUUUAAAACCGAUGUUAAUCGUGUUUUCUUUGUGUCGUUAAUGUUUGUGAUUAUCAUUUGUUUUUCUUCAGGAUUGUCUACAGCUACAAAGUUUUCAGCAAAACCUUAUUUGUGAAGCAAGCAUACCCAUGUGAUACAUGUCACAGCUGCACGAGUGAUACAGGAUGUGUCACUGAAGCACGAGUGAUACAGGAUGUGUCACUGAAGCGCGAGUGAUACAUGGUGCUGGGCGCCGCGCACCAUGCUGGAGCCGCCACUAGCGUCCUCCCUGCUCCUGUCGGCACUGGUGGCCUUCGUCGGCGGGUGCUAUUUGUUCCCAAGUGACGUCCCAAACCCCUGCACCGGCGUGACCUGCGGCUUCGGCGAGCAGUGCCGGCCGACGGCCGACGGGCGCUCCUACACCUGCGAAUGCCCCGCGUCGUGCCCCAGCUACGGGGAGCACGAGGGCUCGCGGCCGCUGUGCGCCAGCGACGCGCGCGACUACCCCGCCCACUGCGAGAUGCGGAGGGCGGCCUGCGAGACACACAGCAAUAUCACCUUCAAGUAUUAUGGGAAGUGCGACCCAUGCGCCGGAGUGACGUGUCCGGAUCCGGAAGUGUGUCAACUCGACGAGAACCGGGCGCCAUCUUGCCGCUGCGCAGAGUCGUGUCCGCUGGAGUUCAGUCCAGUUUGUGCGUCAGACGGGAAGACUUACUCCAACGAGUGCCAGAUGAACCGCGAGUCGUGUCGCGCGAGGAAACCGCUGAGGAUUAUAUUUAAAGGGCAAUGUAGUUCUGGCGUAAACCCCUGCGCAGAAGUGGAAUGCCGUCACGGCUCCGAAUGCCGCGUGGAGGGCGGCGGCGCGGUGUGCGCGUGCGCAGCGCCCUGCGAGCCCGUGUUGAGACCCGUGUGCGGCUCCGACUCGCUGACGCACGACAGCGAGUGCGAGCUGCGGCGCGCCGCGUGCCUGCUGGGCCGCGAGAUACAGGUGUUGCACGCCGGCGCUUGCGGUUCCAACGGCGUGUGCGCAGGCCGCGUCUGCCCUCACGGCGGAGAAUGCGUCUCGACCGGCGGGCGCGGCGUGUGCCGCUGCCCGCGCUGCUCCAACGAGUUCGCGCCGGUGUGCGGCAGCGACGGCAUCUCGUACGGCAACCGCUGCAAGCUGCAGCUGGAGGCGUGCCGCCACCGCCGCGCCGUCUCCGUGUUGUACGAGGGGCCUUGCAACGGGUGCGAGAACAAGAAGUGUGAGUUCUACGCGGUCUGCGAGAGCGAUGGCGUGUCUGAAGCCAGCUGCGUGUGUCCCAAACACUGUGAAGAAGGAACGGAAACCGAGGAGAUAUGUGGCAGCGACAACAAGACGUACAGCAGCAUCUGUUCCCUGCGCGACAUCGCCUGCCGCGAGCGGCGCCAUCUGUUCGUCAAGCACAUGGGGACUUGCGAAUCAUGCGCCUCAAUCACCUGCCCAGCCGGCACUUGGUGCGCACGCGGCGCAUGCUCCUGCUCCAACCCGUGCGCAGACGCAGCACGGGAACCCGUCUGUGCCAGCUCCCACCAGACGUACCAGCACGAGUGUGCGCUGCGUCGCGCCGCGUGCGAGGCGCGCAUGCGGGGCGAGCCACCGCUCACUGUCGCGUAUUAUGGAGAGUGUAGCGAGGACCGAGAGGGUAAUGGGACUGCCCCCAACAAACCAAAACCGGACCUCACAAACGACAUAACAGACGAGACCGAAUCCUCAAGCGAGCCGGGCAGCGCAGUAUGCGCGCGCGUGCAAUGCGCAUUCGAGGCUACAUGCGCAGUCGAUGCGCACGGCCAACCACGAUGCGCUUGCCUCUUCGACUGCGCAGCGGCGGCGGCGGGCGCGCCGGUCUGCGCUUCCGACAUGAGACUGUAUCCCACGCUGUGUCAUAUGAAGUUGGAGGCUUGUAGACGGCAGGAGGACUUGAGGUUGAGACCGCUGGCGUUGUGUCGCGGUUUGGAGUUCCGUCCAUGUGGUGAAGACGAGCCCCUGACAGACGAGACGGGCCACAUGCUGGACUGCGGCGGCGGCCCGCACAGGAAGGACUGUCCCGCCGGCAGCUACUGUCAUCACACCAACAAGGCGGCCCGGUGUUGUAGGAAGGACAAAGGCACAUCCGAAAAGAAGAGCUGCCAAGACUCCUGGCACGGUUGCUGCGCGGACGGCGUCACCCCAGCCCGGGGGCCGGGCGGGGCCGGCUGCCCCUCACAAUGUGGCUGCCACCGCCUGGGCUCGCUAGCGGAGACGUGUGACGAGGCGGGUGCUUGUGCCUGCCGCGCCGGCGUGGGCGGGGUGAAGUGCGACCGCUGCGAGCCCGGUUAUUGGGGGUUACCGAGGAUAGGGACGAGGCAUGCUGGGUGUAUACCAUGCGGCUGCUCAGCCUUCGGGUCAGUAAGAGAGGACUGCGAGCAGAUGACGGGCCGCUGCGUGUGCAAGCCCGGCAUCCAGGGGCAGAAGUGCACCGUGUGCUCCAACCACGAACACACGCUUGGACCUAACGGCUGUUAUGAUCCGGAAUCAACGCAGCUACCGGCGACAAACUGCGACAACAUGGCGUGUUACUUCGGCGCUUACUGCCUCGUCCGCAGCGGCAUGGCUACCUGCGAGUGCGGGCCGGCCGACUGUCCCGACACCACCCCUGUCUCCGUCUGCGGCAGCGACGGACGCACCUACCUCUCCGCCUGCCACCUCCGAGCUCACGCCUGUAGGACCCAGUCGGAUAUUGUAGUCCAGGCGUUCGGACCCUGCGGCGCCGAGACCCCGCAAGUCAGGCGAGAGGAUGUUAUAGCUGACGCUCAGAUUGCGAGCACUGAAAGGGUUGAGACGCAGACGACUUGCGAAGUGAGGUUGAACACCACCACUACGAAGAAGAAGGUAGAAGUUACUACUAUUGGCAACGAGGUGAUGGUUGACGAGAGUGACUACUCCUCUUGGGAGGAUUAUUUGGACGAAAAGGACGAAGACAAUGAAAUGUACAGAGUUCCUUUAUUCGACGGCCGUGCCGGGAUGGUAGCCCGGGCUAGGCUACCUGCCAAGCAUUUUGAUAUAUUCGCUGAAGUGUCAACUGUUUGCGGAGAAGGGGCAGUACUGAGCGCUUCUGGCCCUAGAGACUACCUUUGGUUUGGGUUGAUAGAUGACAACAUCGUGCUGCGCUGGGACGCUGGCAGUGGACCCUUGGACCUGCGAGCCGGGAAGGUCCGCACUGACGGUCGCACGAGGAUAUCCAUCCGGAGGUACAGGAAGGAUGCUGUAUUGAAGCUGGAGUCGUCCACUCUGACUGGGUCUUCUCCGGGACGCAUGAGCUCGCUAGAUCUUGACCCUUUCAUUUACGUCGGCCAUCCACCGGAUAACGCUACAAGAUGGAACGGCACCGGCUCGCUGAGCGGGUUCGUGGGCUGCGUGCACCGGCUGCGGGUGAGCGGGCGUGACGUCAUCCCCCCCUCCCGCGGCCUGCCCCUCACGGCCCACGGCCUGCGCCCCUGCACGCCCCACAACCUGGCCAGGUUGGUCUGCCCUUGAUGACGUCAUUGAUAUAGCUUGUAAUAAAUUGUGAUUUGGAAGGUUUUUUUCAUAAUUAAUGAUGGGAUGGGCCGCCGCUAUGCUACCUGAUACAUCAUUGGAGCUAUUUAUUAUUGGGUGGAUAAAAGGUUGUAUGUUUUCCUCGUACCCGCUUAGAUUCUUUGAACGUUAGAGAUACAGAUUACAUUAUCGAUUCAGAUAAUUUGCACAGUUGAUUAGCGCUGCUGAACUAUCGAAUUAAUAAAAUUAUCUAUAAUAAAGAUUUUCUUUGCGCAUAAUUAGAAUCAACUGAGUUAGAGUUUGAUAAUGUCACCAUUGCUAAGUAAUAAAAGAUGGUAGUUUUUUUCCGUAUACUAAAAAGACGUAACACAUAGGUCUGUACGUGUCUGAAAUUGUAAAAUUACAAAGUUAACACUAAGUAAGUAUCUAGGUACAUACAGUUCUCCCAUAUUAAUAAUGCGCAUG